AUGGCAGUUUCUGCCAAGAUCAGCAUCAUAGCCAGCAACGACGUGGACGACAGCGCAAGCAGCAGGGACAUCGAGCUGAACAGCUCGUUUGUUCAAAACUCCUUCCAAGUAAUCAACAAACAUCCACGCGAGCUAUCAUGGUGUAUCUAUGCCAUAUUCGUGCUGUUACUUAGCAGUUUCGACAACCAGGCUGGCGGCGUCGUACUCUCGAUCCCUCAAUUCAGAAAAGACUUUGGAUCCCCGUACGAUGGCGGCUAUGUGCUCUCUGCGGCAUGGCAAUCUGCCUACAGUGGCGGACCAGUCCUCACUUCUAUCAUCGGAUUGUUAUUAUCUGGGUUGUUUGCAGACAAGGUUGGCAGAAAGUGGACAUUCACUGUUGGCUAUCUGAUCAUCUUUGUAACAAUCACGAUUGAGACAUUUUCAACGACGAACCUGGUCUUCUUCAUUGGAAAAUCCCUCUCAGGUUUUGCUAUAGGUGCCUUCACAACCACCGCGCUUACAUACCUAGGAGAGAUCGCACCUCGUCCAGCAAGAGGCAAACUCACUGCAGCAGCUGGUAUGGCGUUGACGAUUGGACCUUUCAUUGUGUCCAUUGUUGUCAAAGUCACAGGAUACCAAGCAAAUCGCUGGGCUUACCGAUCGGUGUUUUUGGCUCAGUAUGGAUUCAGUGUCAUUGGCGCACUUUUCUUGCCAUUCAUGCCUGAAUCACCAUGGUGGCUGCUUAGUAAGAACCGAAAUUCAGAUGCGACAGUCGCACUCUUUCGGUUUGGGUACACUGCGGACGAGGCACAAAUUUAUACGACUACUGCCAUCCGGGCACUAGAGCUGGCCAGGGAAGAGACAAAAGGCGCGACCUACCUUGAGUGCUUCCGGAAGACCAAUCUCCGACGAACGAUCGUCGCAGCAGCGCCUCUAUCCAUUCAAGCUUUGAGUGGUCUCUUCUUUGUAUCGGCCUAUUCGACUUACUAUGAACAACUGGCUGGAUAUGACACGCCCACAACUUUUAGCCUCGGUAUUGUUCAAAACAUACUUGCUAUUGUAGGCAACGCCUGCUCUUGGUUCUUGAUCGACCGGAUUGGUCGGAGACCUUUGUCGUGCUAUGGCAUGUCACUUCUGACUAUCUUGCUCCUGAUUACGGGUGGGCUUGCUUGUGUCGGGACUAAGUCAGCUAUCAAGGGAACAGUUGGCUUGUUACUUCUGUAUAAUUGGCUCUACUCGAUUACGAUUGGAGCUACUGCAUAUCCGAUUCUGAUAGAAACACCAACAAGUCGCUUGCGGACCAAAACGGCGGCCAUCGGACUGACACUGCAAAGUGGACUGUUUGCAAUGUGGGCUUUUGUCAUACCGUACCUUUUCAAUCCUGAUCAAGCAAAUCUCGGUGCUCGAGUAGCCUUUAUCUUUGGUGCCUUUGCGGUUCUUUCGACUGUUUAUCUGUGGUUGUGCCAGCCUGAAACGUCCGGACGUUCGUUUGCGGAACUUGAUGAGAUGUUUGCCAGGAAAGUCCCAGCACGGGGCUUCAAGGCAUACAAGACCGAAACUGUGAAUAGUAUUCGCCUGAGUGUUCUCAUGAGGGAUGGUGACAUGCCAGUUCCAUAG